UAGUGUGUAGUUGGUGUUGAGUGAUGUAGUGCACGAUGGCUGGUCCUGAUAUGUUGUUUAACUACAGACAUCAGCACGGCAUCAGCAAUCAGCACGUAGAGUCUCCACGGCCAUCUGUAUCUCAGAAGUCGAGGGUUGUUGCGUCGUCUGCACCAGCUGAUUCUAGCUCGUCGCCUCCUCUAUGUCUCAACUCUCACAAAGUCCCCAGUCUGGUCAGCUAUAACGGCUAUGGGGAGAUAGGGGAUGAAGAACCCGUGGAGUUACCCAGCUGUGUCUACGCCUCCAGACAUUCAAGUCUUCUAGGUUCCGGACAGUGUGUGCGCAGUCAUAGUCAUCUGCCUGCAUACCUAUCUCUAGCAGCACAAGAUGACAUAGGGGAGGCUGAGGACGGCUACUACGGCGCGGGCAGUCCCUACAGAGUUCAACGGCAAGCGGCGAACAUCAGGGAGCGGAAGCGGAUGCUAAGGUCAGAGCCGAGGCCCCGGGCCCCCACAGCCCCGCCGGGGCCCCUAGACCGACCCCCCGUCAAAAUCAGCAUCAACUCGGCGUUUGACGAACUGCGCAGCCAUGUGCCAACCUUCCCCUACGAGAAGAGACUCAGCAAGAUCGACACGCUGAGACUGGCUAUCGCCUACAUCGCGUUACUGAAGGAAGUGCUGACGGCCGACUGCGAUCCGCUCACAUACGUGGAGAAAUGUCUGCGAGGAGAGAAACAGGUGGAACGUGCUGAGUGGAACACUUCAGACUUGACGGCUCGUCUUUCGUGGAUAAACUGGGAGAAUUUGGGAGUGAACCCGAAUCGCCGGAGUGUUCUGACGUCACUAGCUCUGACUACAGAUACUCUCAACAAUUAACAUAGUCUAGUCAGCUUUUAGCAACCCAGUCUAGUCACCACAGUGCAAUACCAUCGGACCAUUCUAGUCACUUGUUGUUGUCCCUUUACCAUUUGUUGUGUAUUAUUGUUGUUUGAUUUAAUAAAGUUUCUUUCAUUUU